UUGGCGAAGUGGCUUAAAAGCCGCGACUCUCAUGCCUACGAAGUGAUUUUCGUGCCGGCCCUCGGGCAAAAUAAAAAAGCCCCGGCGCUAGCAAGACUCUCCGGCGGAUAUAAAAGCGGUUCCCGAGCAGCAUUAGCGUUCAAUAGCCAAAGUGCCAGUGUGCGGUAAACACGGCGAAAGCGAUACCACAAAUCGCCAAACUCAAUUCACAAUAAAAGCUCCAAAAAACUGAGGGAGUUCCCCUGGCGGAAGCAAACGAUCCCCCAGUAUUCACACACACUUUUGGAUAUAUUUGACCUUAGCCAGCCACGCUGACAUCCCACGGAUUGCUCAUCGUUCGGAGUGUUCCCCCAGCGACAGAGAAAACGGACCAAGAGAUAGAGAUAGAGAUAGCGAUACCGACAGUGAUAGUCGUUUGGACAAAGAACUGGAGAAUGAGCUAACCGACGGACUGGACGGUGAUUUUUACGAGUGAUUAGCAGCGGAAAGAAACGAAACCGGCGGUAAUUCACACCAAAAAUGGGCGUUCGUGUAGUAGAAACCGAUUCGGCGAGCGAUUCGUAUGAUGAUGACGAGUGCUCCACUUGCCAGAAAGAGCAAGCGCAGGGUAAAUCCCCCAAUAAGGGCAAGAGAUGUACCACGCCGCCGGAAGCGACCAUCUACGCCAGCAGGGACCUGGUGGGCAACUGCAAGGAGUACCGCAUCGAGAACAACUCCCGCGAUCUGAGGAUCAUCGGCAAUGGCAACCGGAUACGGAUUGUGAACAACUCCGGGAGACUGCAGAUAAUCGGCAAUAGCACCAAACUCAAGAUCCAGAUCAAUAGCGGAUCCCUGAAGUACACGGGUAAUGAUGGGCGGAUCUACCUGGGCAGCGGUUCCACGCAGCAAGUGGUCGACUACACGGGCUGCAAUGGACUGCUCAAGGUGGUCAAGUCCCUGGAUCUCAGCGGCGAUGCCAGGAAAAAGUCCAGCACUCGCUCGAAAACCACCAAGCCAACGGAAGCUGGCCAAAACAAGUCCGGUGGCAUAGGAAUCGACAGCAAUAUCACGAUACAGCACGAAGCUGGGAACAUUGUGAUCAAGAAUGCCAUCAACGUGAGCAUUUGAGAAUCGGGAGCUCUCUAAGUCAUCUUAGGCCAAAGAUUAAUAUACCGAAACUCUUGCCGCCGAACUUAAAGGUUCCUCCUAAUGACUGCAAAACCAUUUAGCCUUAAUGUGUCUUCCGACUGCUACAAAUAUUUACAUCACAAAACAUUCAGCAAUGUCAAGUAUUAAACGCCACGUCGCUAGUCUAAAUAUCCACCCACUUAUUAGGGAAAUAUAUCUAUAUGUAUAGUCGUAAGAAAGCGCAGUGUGAACAAAGCUUAAACUUCAUUCCGCGAAUGAAUAAUCUGAUUAAAAAAUAAAAGUAUU